AGUUCACAGCCGAAGUGAUCAGUGAGCUGAAAAUCAUCUGGCCCAAACUAGUCCUCGCUCAUGGAAAGCCUCGACAUCCACAGAGCCAAGGAUCCAUGGAAAGAGCAAACGGUGACAUCAAAGACAUGCUGGUUGCAUGGAUGGGAGACAAGAACACCACGGAUUGGAGCAUUGGAAUCAAGUUUGUCCAGUUCCAGAAGAAUUCCAGCUUGCAUGCAGGUAUUCACAGAUCACCCUCUACAGCUAUGUUUGGAUGUGAGGCCAAAGUUGGCCUGACAUCGUCCUCGCUGCCUGAUGAGGUAAUUCAAAGGAUGCAGUGUGAGGAUGAUCUGUUAGCUGUACUCACCACCGGUCAGAACGGAGAGGAACCAGGUCCUGUUCCCAGUGCUGAAUCAGCUGAAGUUCACUUUGAUACGGAACGUCCCAGUCCUCCUUCAGUAGCCCCCAACACCCGGUACCUGUUCAACUUGUAUCAGCCAAGGUUCAUGUUAAUGCGGAGCAUGGCCAUCAUCCCCAAUCUUGACAUCGAUACUGAACGUGGUUGUCAUCAGUCAAUAGUCUCCAGCACCCAGAGAGAGACCAACCCUGCUGUCAGCCGAGCACCGGCGAACCACUUGAUAAUGCUGCUGUCCCUAUUCCACAUUCUCGGUGUCAUCUUGGAACGUGACCAAAAUGACAUGUACACCAUUGGAGUUAAGGCAGGAGUUCUGAAGGCCAAGCUGUCAUGCAACCAGUUUGACUUAUGCCCUCAGCGCCUUCUGGGAGAGGAGUCCAUCAGUCUCUGUGAGAAGCCUUUACCUUUGAAUCGAACUGUGGUGGACAGGGUUUUGUCAAUUACAACUGCGCAGGACCCAAAAAGUGUCGAACAAACAGAUGGAUAUAUAACUGAAAAUUAUGUGAACAGUAUUUACAUGUCAUCAUCAUAUGCACAAAUGAAGGACAACUUGUAUGGUGCGCAUCUCAGGCGUGUCAAUCAUGUGAGCGUAAGUGUGCAUAAUUUCUCAGUGUGGCAGGGCACAGGAUUCCUAUGUUUACAGCCAUGA